GCAGGCUCGCUCAAAAUGGCCGCUCUACUGGCCCGCCGUUUGUUGUGGUGGAGAUGGAGGCCCGCGUAACCGAUCGAUACGCGCUAGCUGGCGAAUCUCGCCAUGGUGUCCAUGGUGGAUGUUGUGCGUGCUGUCGCGUUACUCGACACAUUUACGUGUACGUUAACGCGGUGAUAACGGCUUACGGGUAUUUGUGCUCGGUAGCACGAGGUUUAAGUGUUUUUUCGGGGCUCGAAACGGGAAAGUUACGGGGGACGAAGAGACGCGAAACACGAGAGUAGACGCGCAACGGCCGGGAACACCGAAAAGCAAGCUAAAAAAACGAACGAAACUGAGCGAGAGCGAACGAACGCGUACACAUACACAAAAUGUAUGUCGUGGGAUUCACGUAAGGGCGUGGUGUGUGUGCGUGCAUGUGUGUUUUCGCGGGUAUAUGCGGGUGUGUGUGCGUGUGUAUGUAAAAGAUCGUCGGUCGGUACGUUUGAAGCGUUAGCCGCGACAACGUCGACGACGACGACGACGACGACGACGACGACCGCAGCCUACGGACGCGAACGCUUCCCGGCUGCUGAGCCCUGAAACACGAGGGGGGUCAGACUACUCUAUUAUCCUUCCUCGCAACACACGCUAUUCCACGAGAAUUUCCACUAACCAAGGUGGAGGUGAUGUGGAAUAAUCGAAAAUAGAGGCUCGUCUGGAAUUCGGUGGGUCAUUGCAAUAUAAGAGAGGAGAAGAGAAAACAACCUGGUGGGAAAAACCAUGGUAUCGUUACCUAGUACAGAAUCUGGGCAAAUGGACAGAAUGGAUAGGCUCUCAGAUGACGACGAUGACGAGCCAAGCAGUAGUUCAGACGCUUACGAAGAGGGUGAUCUCCUCAGCGCCGCCAUGGAUGAUGACGUCACGGCCCAGUUAGCGGCUGCAGGUUGGAAAAUAAAAGAUAUUCAUGGUCCUGUUGGUGUUGCUGCAGCAGCCGCAAUAGUUUCCGCAAAAAAGCGGAAACGUCCCCAUAGUUUUGAGACUAAUCCUAGUACCAGGAAGAGGCAACAAAAUAGACUAUUAAGGAAACUCAAACAAACUAUAGACGAGUUUGCAACGAGGGUAGGUCAACAAGCAGUCGUAUUAGUUGCGACCCCCGGCAAGCCAAAUAGUAGUUACAAAGUGUUUGGAGCAAAGCCUCUCGAGGAUGUUGUGAAAAAUUUGAAAAGUAUGAUAAUGGAUGAGCUAGAAAGUGCUCUAGCGCAACAAGCACCACCACCUGUACAGGAUGAUCCAUCUCUUUACGAACUACCACCUUUAAUAAUCGAUGGUAUACCAACACCGGUUGAAAAAAUGACUCAGGCACAGCUCAGAGCCUUCAUACCUCUGAUGCUGAAGUAUUCUACGGGCAGAGGUAAACCUGGCUGGGGAAGAGAAAGCACAAGACCACCAUGGUGGCCCAAAGAAUUGCCAUGGGCCAAUGUUCGUAUGGAUGCACGAUCGGAGGAUGAAAAACAAAAGAUCUCUUGGACUCACGCGUUAAGACAAAUAGUUAUAAACUGCUACAAGUUCCAUGGAAGAGAAGAUCUUUUACCAGCGUUCAGCGAGGAUGAUGACAAGUCGAAUAUUUUGAUACAGCAUCAAACUCCCCAUUCGUCCCAUAAUUCGUCUGGACAGCAGGGACAAGCCCAACAGCAGCAGCAGCAGCAACAACAGCAACAACAGACGGUGGGAGUCGUUCGUCUCAGCGCCACGAGUUCAUCUAAGGGAAACUCUUCACCAGCGCAAAUGAUAGCCGCCUCACCCACAGCUCUUGCCACUGCUCAGAUGGCCCAAUAUCCAACCGCCGUUUUGCAAACGAUAACGAAUGCUGAUGGCACCGUUUCCAUUAUACAAGUGGAUCCGAGCAAUCCAAUUAUCACCUUACCUGACGGAACGACCGCACAAGUUCAAGGGGUCGCGACCAUCCAUACGAGUCAGGGUGAAGUACAAGCACUGGCGGAAGUGUCCGGCGGGGGUGAGGGAAGUGUCGCUGUCGAUUUGAACAGCGUGACCGAGGCGACCUUAGGCCAAGAUGGUCAAAUAAUAUUGACGGGAGAAGACGGACACGGAUAUCCGGUAUCAGUAUCCGGAGUGAUAACGGUUCCGGUAUCGGCGAGUAUGUAUCAGACGAUGGUAGCGAACAUCCAGAGUGACGGUACGAUGCAUGUAACGCCGAUGGUACAAGUGCCGAAGGUGGAGCCGGGUAACGGAGAGACCAUUGAGGCGGUGACCAUACAAGGUCAUCCGAUGACGGUGAUCAAUGCGAACGGUGAGCACCAAGUACUUCAAGUGAUAUCAUUGAAGGACGCGAACGUAUUAACAAAAGCGAUGCACGGUGAGGUGAUUAAGGACGAGGACAGUCAACAGAACACUAUUUCCAGUCCGGAAUGAACCGUAUACGUGCAAUGAACUAUGACAAACGGUUUUAUUUGUAAUAACCAAAUAGAUAAGAGAACGAGACAAAACGACAGAAAAAAAAAGCAAACCGAAGAAACAAUGAGAGAAACAAAACUAAACGGGUCUACCAAAAAACAAAAACAAAACAAAAUGAUAAAGUUUUUUCAAGCGUGAAUUCGGUGUGGUAGUGUUUUUCGAGGUAAACGAACGUUGAAAGUGUUUAUUCAGAGGGUUCGUUAUGAGUAUUUCCUUUUUCUCGACUUUAUCUCGAGAAUAUAAUUGUAUAUCUGAAUGUAAAACGAGAAGGCCGAAAAGUUUGUACGUCACUGUGUGGUAGAUUUUGCUGAUUAUUAUUAUUAUUAUUAUUAUUAUUAUUAUUAUUAUUAUUACGACUUAGAAAAAUGUUUUACGUGUUAUCACGAGACGAGAAUGAAAGGGAAAAACAAGUAAUGCAAAAUAAGGUCUUUAAUCAAUUGAAACGAUAAGGGUGUAAUGACAUUUGUAUUUUUAUCUAGAUAACACGGUAUACAUAUAAAUAUAUUAUAAAGAGAAACGAAAAAAAAAAAAAUCAUUGACUCGUGAAAAAGCCCGUCGAUGUAUCGUCGAGUGAGAGCUGCUUCGAGUCCACCAUUGAUAAAUGACAGAGAUAAAUGAAUCAGAACUCGUAGGUUUUUAUUCGAUGGCCAGUCAUCAUCGUUGGUAUACCAAUUUAUCAUCGACGUUCCCGUAAAUUUAUUAAAAAGAAAAGCGUUAUUACUUACGUGGGUAAUAUUGUUUUAUCUAGUCAUAAUUUUCAAUGAUUUUCGUGAGGAACGUGAGGACGCGAAAUGUAUGUUAUCCAGUUCGAUAAUAUCGAUCGUAAAGCAGCUUAUCCGAUCGACAUUUUUCGAAAGUAGUUAGUAAAGUAAAUGAAAAUCGAAGAUGAGUAAAUCAAUUUUUUUUUCGUCAAAUUCUGGUCCAACGAUGAAAAAUAAAUGUAAACGUACUAUUCGACGAAACAAACGAUGAACGAAUCCUGCUUUUUUUUUUUUUAUUAAAUACUUUUUUUUCGUUCAUUUUGAUGUUUUUUUUUUAUUUUUCUUAUUUGCUGAGGUGAAAAUUCAUGUCGGGAAUGUGGCAAUUCGCACGAAGUAUGUCGAACGAAACUUCGCGAGAUCGAAAAAAGCAUAAACUGUAAUAGCUUAAUUCCGCUGUGGAAAGAAAAAAUCAGAAAACAUACAAAAAAUAAAAUUAUACAGGAAUGUAAUGGGUUUUUGGUUCGAACCGACCAUCCACGACUAGACGAUAUAAAUUUAAGUACGAUCACUAUUUAAUAAUUGCGAUAUAAAUAAAAAUUUUCAUUUGAAAACGUAGUUAUCCAUUUUCGACUAAUGUAAUUCUAUUUAGUCCGAUUAAUUAGCACCAAUAGUAAAAGAAUUAAGCAUUUCUGACGGGUACAAAUAGGCUAAGUCACGACUUUUUGAAGGAAAAAAAAACAAAUCACAUAAUACACGACGAAACGAAAAACUUUACUUAUUGAUGGCUGCUCCGAAACGAACGUAAUCAAUUUUUAGUCGGAAAUUAGAAAAAAUUCGUAUUACUUCGGAGAUCUCAGCCAAAAAAAAGAGUCAUUGAAAAAGAUACCAAUAGGUCUCGAAAGAAUGGUUGCGUUCUCGUAUCCGAACACCACUGCGGAGCCAUGCCACUCUAUGCAUUUAAAAGUCAUGAGUCAUUUUUUAAAAAUAAGUCAUUGAACCACGUUUGAGAGUUAAAAAGAGGAAACAAAUACAAAAAUGUAUUAUAAUUUUGUGUGCAAUCUUAUUUCAAUGUUACGCUGUUUCUUGCUUAAUAAUUAAACUUCAUUAUUAAUGAUUGUCUUUUAACUUAAUUUGAUUACUUGAUGCAGGGAUGACUGCAGUUUAAGUGAAGGAGAACAAACAUUUCGUGCAAUUUUUUGUUGAAUCAUUCUUUUCACAUUAUAUGAUCAACGAUUUUCAUUUUGUUUCAUAAUUGAGGAUUUUCCUCAUGUACUUAAGCCCAGAACUGGAAUAUUGUACUGAAACACGUAACAUUGAAACAACAAGAGAAUUUCGCUCGAUUUCACUGUAACAUGAUUAUUAGAUAAAACUUUUGUUUCCAAUAUUAUAGACAAAUGUAAUAUUAUGUAGAUUUUUAUUGUAUUAUUUUAAUGCUGUUGGCGUUCGUAUAAAAAAAUCGGUAAAUAUUUGUACACUGUGGAAAAAGUUUGUUGAGGCUGUUUGACUUUAA